GCAAUGAUCCCAGAGCUAUUCCUGGAAUGUGAAUUACUUCUGACAAGCACUCACCUGCCUCACCAGCACUGCCGGCACAGCCAGCACUGCCAGCAUUCCAGUGCCACCAGCACCACCAGCAUCCCUCUGCUGCUGGAGGGACCAUGACCCCUCAGGGAAGAGAAACGAGGAAUGGUAGAAGCCUGUCAGGAGAGGGAAGGCAGUCGGAGAAUGGGAAAUUCUGCAGGGAAGGAGUGUUUCUAACUAGGAGGAAAGGAGGAGCCGUUUGCAAAAUUGUUCAUGUGCGGCUUCUGACAAAAGCCACUUCAUCUGUAGCAAAAAAAUGCCAAGACAAAUAACGCCCAGGAAGUGGACGUACCUAAAGUCGCAAUUUCUGACUCCCCCGUGACUCCAUGGAGCCUGGGGGAGCAACACGAGGACAGGGCACGGGGAGGAGCUGGUGGGACAGCAGUGGGCACCUCCUGGUGAUCUGGGCACUUUCUCCUUCGUGUUCCUGGCCUGGGAGGAGCCGCUUUAGGAUGUGGAUCCCAAAGGAGCAAGGGGAGCCAGGAAGCGCCGCUGAUGGGGACAGAGCCCCUGUGCCUGCUGCUGCCCCACACUGAACAGGGAGCUGCUGAGGAGCUGCUUGGUCCAUCCCUGGAUUCUCCAAGCACUGACUGCCCAUCCACUCUGACCACAGCCGGGGCCACAUCCCAGCGCCUGCCCAGCGUCCAUCCAUGGAGGUGAGCUCCGUGUUCCCACCUUCGGCCUCACCCACUGAUGGAGCCGAUCUGUGUGAGAUAGGUGUCACCGACAUGGCCAUACACGGUUUCACGCUGCUCAUCAGCCUCUGUGGGGUGGCCGGGAAUGCGGCUGUCUUCUGGUUCCUCGGCUUCCACAUCAAGAGGGACACCAUGAAACCCAUCACUGCCUACAUCCUUGACCUGGCCAUUAUCGACUUCCUCUUCCUCAUCUUCAUGGUCCCCUCUUCCCUGCUUUUCCUGCUGGAGGAUUUGUCCUGCUCUGCCAUCAUGCCCCCAGCAUACAUUAGCUUCCUUUUCCUCCUGUUCGUGUUGUUCUACAGCGUAGGGCUGUUCCGGCUGACGGCCAUCAGCAUCGAGAGGUGCAGGUCCAUCCUCUGCCCACGUGGGUACUUCUGCCACCUUCCCCAGGACCUGUCAUGGGUGGUGGUGAGUGCCCUGCUCUGGGCCCUGUCCAUCGCUGUCAUCGCUGCCAUUUCCGCAGUGACUUCCCUGUGCCAGUCACAGGAACGCGAGCACUGCCGGGGGGCUCUCAUCUCCCUGUACAUCCUCAGCUUCCUCGUCUUUGCUCCAUCCGUGGUCAUUUCCAGUGCAAUCCUCUUCAUCCAUUUCAAGGGUAGCUGCCAGCAGCAGCAACUCCAGAGGCUCGACAUCAUUGUCUUCCUCAUUAUGCUCCUCACUCUCCCCAUUAGCGUCUGGAAUUUCCUGCAGCAGCUCGGCUACACCACUGUGUCCUCCCAGGUCAUUCUCCUGUUCGCCUGCAUGCACAGCACCAUCAACCCCUUCAUCUACUUCUCUGUAACAAAGAGCUGGAGGCAGCGCUCCAUGAAGUCCCUCAGGAAAUCCCUCCAGAAGGUCUUCGAGGAGUCAGAAGAAAACACGGCCUGCAGCAGUGAUGACACCAUGGACAUGGGGGCCCUGAGCCCAUUGAACCCUUCAACUGCACCGAUGGAGGACCAAGGGGCAGUGGCUGAGGGAUUCCUUGAGCCACCAGAUCAAUAAAUAUCCACGGGAUCACCCUCCCGCACUGUAUUCCAGCAGGAGAAGGGAGCAGGGGCAGUGCCAAGGACGAUGCGGGAGGGAAGCUCUGCAGGGAGCACACUGGAGCAUGGCUUUCCUCCUCCCUUCUGGUUUCUAGAACACUGUUCCCCCAAAGGGAUCGUGCCCCUCAUGACUGUGAUCCCAAAAAUCCCCCUGGCAUGGUUCCUUCGGACAAGCAGCCAGCUGCCCCACCAGCACUACCAGCAUUCCAGUGCCACCAGGACCACCAGAAUCCCUCUGCUGCUGGAUGGACCGUCACCCCUCAGGGAAGAGAAAUGAGGAAAGGUAGAAGCCUGUCAGGAGAGGGAAGGCAGUUGGAGAAUGGGACAUUCUGCAGGGAAGGAGUGUUUCUAAUCAGGAGGAAAAGAGGAGCCAUUUUCAAAACUCUUCAUGUGGACCUUUUUGACAAAAGUCAAUUCCUUUGUGGUAAAGAAAAAAAAAAAUUCAAGAUAGAUAACUUCAAGGAAG